AUUUGCAUAUUUCAGGAUAUAUAUUUUCUCCGCCUGACCGUUUCGGCUUCUAAUCAAGGGUUGCGCCACUGCAAAGACGCGGAAAUCUCAAAGCGGUCGAACUCGGAAAACCCACAAACAUGUCUGACAAGCCAAACCUGGAUGAGGUCACCAGCUUCGACAAGAGCAAGCUGAAGAAGACGUUGACUCAGGAGAAAAAUCCCCUGCCAUCAAAAGAAACCAUUGAACAGGAGAAGCAAGCAGGGUCGUCAUGAAGAUGGGGUCCUCCAUCAUGCACUGUACAUUCCACAAGCAUUGCCUUUUUCACUUUUAGCUCUAUAACUUUGAACAUCAAAACCUAAUUUGUAUUGUGAUUGGAUGGAAGCAGAUGACUGUGAAUCCCCCCCCCCUCCUUUCCCCGAACCCCUUUUUACUGCAGUGAUGAAAGAAGACUGAGUGGUGGUCUGUGCAGAGAGCCCAUCACUCGUCCACCCAUUCACCCAUUCUGCCUCAUCUCUGUACAACUCUGCAUGGCAACAGUGGGGGGAGAGCAAGGGUGUGGCCCACAGGCCCAGGGAUCAGCCAACCCUAGCGUGGCUUCCUGUGACACCCCCCCCCCCCCCCCCC